UUGGACCCCGCCAUAACGAACGCCCCUCCUCCAUAUCACUGGACAUUUGACUCUGCUACAGCCUUAAUAUAGUCUUUUUGGACUUUGGGGAAUCUAAUCACUGGAAAGCUUCUUCAAAUUUUACAUUUUUCAUAUUUUUUUUGGUUUUCGUCCCAAAAAUGGGAUGCUGCUUCAGCAAAAACGCCGAUACAAAGGCUACUAGAGUUUCGCGGUGGCGAUCCACCGGAAUUGUUGCUUUGCGCGACUCCAAAUUGAAGACGCUUCCGGAUGAAAUUCUUGACCUCGAUAGAUCUGUGCGCACUCUUGACUUAACACAUAAUCGAAUAGUUGAUAUUCCCAUGGAAAUUAGCAAAUUGGUUAACUUGCAGCGCCUGGUGUUGCCAGAAAAUCUCAUUGAGAGACUGCCAGUGAAUUUGGGGAAGCUCCAGUCUCUAAAAGCCUUGAUCCUUGAUGGAAAUCGAAUUACUUCCUUGCCUGAUGAAUUGGGUCAAUUGGUGAGGCUUGAGCGCUUAUCCAUAUCUGGGAAUUCGUUAACAGCCUUGCCGGCUACUAUUGGCAGCUUGCGAAAUCUUUCACUUUUAAAUGUGGCGAACAACAACUUAGAGUCUCUUCCAGAAUCUGUGGGAAGUUGCUUCUCUUUAGAAGAAUUACAAGCCAAUAAUAAUAGUAUUGAAGAUCUUCCUUCUUCCAUGUGCAAUCUUACUCACUUGAAGUCACUUUGCCUAGAUAACAAUAAUGUGAAACAGAUACCUGCAAAUCUAUUGAAAGACUGCAAAACUCUUCAAAGUAUAUCUCUGCACGGCAAUCCUAUAUCUAUGGAUCAGUUUCAACAGAUGGACGGGUUUCAAGAGUUUGAGGCGAGGAGGAGGAAGAAGUUUGACAAGCAAAUUGAUUCAAACGUGAUGAUUGGUUCCAAAGGUCUUGAUGAAGGUGUGGAUUUAUAGCCACUUUU